GAUGACGUCACUAGCAGCCUACGUCCACAUCUGGCGCAGCAGCAGCUCGGUUUCGUCCGGAUCACCCCGCUCUUCUGACGCGGACGCUCGGCUUCGUGUAAGCGAGUAUUGUGCGAGUAUUGUGUGAGUAUUUGAGUGUAACUCGAGGCCGCGGUGACGUCACAUUCCCUCAGACGUGUGCUUCCGGAUCGGGACCCCCUCCUCUCUGACGUCACAUCGCGCCGCUACAAAAGCCGAUGGCGAUCCGGGACGCAGUCGAAAGCGGAUCGAAGCGCGUCGCGUCGAGAUGAACGGCUUUAGAGACGCGCUGCUGAGGACGGCGCGACGCGGGCUGUGUAGUAAGGCCGAGCCGAGCUUCGGGCUGCUGUUUGACAUCGACGGCGUCCUCGUGCGAGGAAGGACUCCCAUCCCAGCGGCCAAGAGAGCUUUCCAGAAGCUGCUGGACGCUCAGGGACAGUUCCUGGUUCCGGUGGUCUUUGUCACAAACGCUGGAAACUGUUUACGACAGAAGAAGGCGGAUCAGCUGUCUCACAUACUGGGUGUUCCUAUCUCGCAAGACCAAGUCAUGAUGUCUCACAGCCCUCUGCGAAUGUUCAAGAAAUAUCAUGACAAGCACGUGCUGGUGUCUGGACAAGGCCCCGUGCUGGACAUCGCCAAAAAUGUGGGCUUCACAAACGUGGUCAGCAUCGACAUGCUGCGUGAAUCCUUCCCUCUGCUGGACAUGGUGGAUCACAACAGACGGCCCAAGCUGCCGUCUGCUCCUGUGGUGAACCUCCCCAGAGUUGAAGCUGUGGUUCUGUUCGGGGAGCCCAUUCGAUGGGAGACGAACUUACAGCUCAUCACUGAUGUUCUUCUCACCAACGGCAACCUGAGCAACGCCUACGGAUCCACGCGCGCCGCUCAUCUGCCGCUCUUGGCCUGUAACAUGGAUCUCAUGUGGAUGGCAGAGGCACAUUCACCGAGGUUCGGUCACGGCACUUUUAUGGUGUGUUUGGAGAGCAUCUAUAAGAAGAUCACUGGAAAAGAGCUGAAGUACGAGGCGCUCAUGGGGAAGCCCAGUGAACUGACCUACCAUUUCGCCGAGUUCCUCAUCAGAGAACAAGCUGCUGCGAGAGGCUGGAGCGCACCGAUCCGAUCCCUGUAUGCUAUCGGGGACAACCUCAUGACUGAUAUUUAUGGUGCCAACCUCUACAACCGCUACCUCGAGGAUCGGGUGGCCAGCAAGACCACCAAAGCGGUGGCAAACAUGGUGACCGGAGCAGGGACGCCCGCCAGCGUCCCUCAGGAGGUGGACAUGGACAGCGGCUGGGAAAGCGAGCUCGCAUCGCCCUCCGCCACCUCCUGCAAGUCCAUCCUGGUGUGCACGGGCGUCUACAACCCUCACAUGGAGCUACCUAAAGAUGCCAGCCAGUGCAUCAAAGAGACCGUCUUCCACGGCCACCGCGACUUCCGCUUCGACCCUGCCCUGGUGGAGCCGGAGAAGAUCGUGGAGGACGUGGACGCUGCUGUUGAGCUCAUCUUUGAGAUGGAGAAGUUCGGGACAGCCGUUUAGUUACGCAAAUGCAGCGAUGUUACUGAUUCAACGUGAUUCCGUCUUUCCAUUUUAGUGUGUUUUAUGGCGAAAACCUCUAAAAAUAAGCACAAUGCACAACUGAGAACACAUCGUUAAAAAUCUCGUGGCAAUUUAGCUUUACUGGAUAGCAUGAUUUCAUUUUAACUGUAAAGUGUUCGUGGUCCAACAGUAUUUUUAAUUUUUUUUAUAAGCUCUGACUGAACAGAUUUGCAUAGAGGCGAGAGAGGGCGUUCAGGCCACUGAGUCGUGAGAAACACAGUGUUCCUGCUGUAGACUGAUGUGCGCUGAAUAAAACAAGGCCAAAACUGUGGCAGAAGCACAGAAUGGAUUGAAUCUGUGACCUUCUGGAAGCAGUUUUCAGCCCGACAGCUACUCUUCUGCAUCCCUGGAUUGUAAGGGCUAUCAGUCUGCCUGAAUAUCUUGUUAUUUUUCUUUAAUAGACUGCCAUAGACCAUUAGUACUUCUAUUAUUUUUCACAGAUAGCUCAACAUUAUUAAAAUCAUAAUACAGUAACUUACUGUUUUGACAUUUUAUCAGUACAGGUUCCAUAAAUAUAAGGUCUACCAUUUUUAUAGAGUUAUAUGUGUAAUACUUCAUAUUAAUUCAACAUGUUCUGUGUUGUUACCUUUAUUGUGCCAGAUUUACAUUGUUACAUUGUUAUGCCUACAUUCUUUUUUAAAGGUUAUUUAUGUUUGAUUUAGUUACUGUUACACUGUAACAUUAUGGUGAGAUUUGCACUGAGACAAAACAACCUUGUAGACAAUAAAAGCCAUUGACUUAGA